UGCGUCCUCAACAAGUGAACAGUAAGGUAUUCUUAUGUUAUGAAAUUAGACUUGAAAAUUCCCAGAUACUUAUUAAGCGAAUGCUUAACCUAUAGGAUUAAGAAAAUUCGCCCGCGUACAAGACAUGUGGUCUGCAAGCGCCUGCGCUUCUGCUCGGUGCCCGUGUCUAAUGUUGUAUACAUUGUGAUACAUACACUGCACUCCAUGCACCGUAAAAUGCAACACCUUGUUAUCGGACUAAUCUAAAUCCUACCGGGCCGUCUUGUUCUUACCCCGAUAGUGUCCUGUAAUCCCGUGCCCCUUACCACUCAUCCUCCAACUCCGGCGCACCCAAUCAUAAAACGUAUAUUCACCGAGGAAACUCCUUUUAUCUCUGUAAUAUCGGAAAUGGUUCACCUGAUCAUUUCAUAAGCAUGAA